UCUCUAUGGCAGAGUGGGCGGAGCCAGGAGGAAAAUGGCGGCGCCCGCGGAGACAGCUGGUUCGCAGGCUUCGGGGGGUCCUCGGCCCCCAGUUUGUCUGUUGGUGUUGGGAAUGGCAGGAUCUGGGAAAACCACCUUUGUCCAGAGGCUUACUGGACAUCUGCAUAGCCAAGGCUCUCCACCUUAUGUGAUUAAUCUGGACCCAGCUGUACAUGAAGUACCCUUUCCUGCCAAUAUUGAUAUUCGUGACACUGUGAAGUAUAAAGAAGUCAUGAAACAGUAUGGACUUGGGCCCAAUGGUGGUAUAGUGACGUCACUCAAUCUCUUUGCUACGAGAUUUGAUCAGGUGAUGAAAUUUAUUGAGAAGGCCCAGAACAUGUCUAAAUACGUCUUGAUUGACACACCUGGACAGAUUGAGGUGUUCACAUGGUCAGCUUCUGGGACAAUCAUCACUGAGGCUCUGGCAUCCUCAUUUCCAACAGUUGUCAUUUAUGUAAUGGACACAUCAAGAAGUACCAACCCAGUGACCUUCAUGUCCAAUAUGCUGUAUGCCUGCAGCAUUUUGUACAAAACCAAGCUGCCUUUCAUUGUGGUUAUGAAUAAAACUGACAUCAUUGACCACAGCUUUGCAGUGGAAUGGAUGCAAGAUUUUGAGGCUUUCCAAGAUGCCUUGAAUCAAGAGACUACAUACGUCAGUAACCUGACUCGUUCAAUGAGCCUGGUGUUAGAUGAGUUUUACAGCUCACUUAGGGUGGUGGGUGUGUCUGCUGUUCUGGGUACAGGCUUAGAUGAACUCUUCGUGCAAGUCACCAGUGCUGCAGAAGAAUAUGAAAGGGAGUAUCGUCCUGAAUAUGAACGUCUGAAGAAGUCACUGGCCAGUGCACAGAGCCAGCAGCAGAAGGAACAGCUGGAGCGCCUUCGGAAGGAUAUGGGCUCUGUAGCCUUGGACACAGGGACUGCCGCAGACAGCUUGUCUCCUGCGCUGGAAGCUUCUGACCUGAUCCUGACUCGGGGAACACUGGACGAAGAGGAUGAGGAAGCGGACAGCGAUACUGAUGACAUUGACCACAGAGUUACGGAAGAAAGCCGUGAAGAGCCAGCAUUCCAGAAUUUUAUGCAAGAAUCAAUGGCACAGUAUUGGAAGAGAAACAACAAGUAGUUUAUAGAAGUCCAGUAUUUUGGAACUCUGUGAAGGAAUUAUCCUAACCUCUGAUGGGGACUACUUAUAAAGGACAAUUUUGUUCAGAGUAGCAGAGUUUCUCUUAUAGGGAAAUUUGACUCAGAUGCAGCCGAGGAUAGAAAACCAUUGGACUGGCAGGUAGAUGCCAAUUCCCUUGGCCUUUCCCUUGGAUUUAUGCAAGGAAGGAUAUUCUCACUAUUCUUGGAUGCUGAUAGCCCUUCAAGCCUAAAGCUUCAAAUUUUAUCAUUUGAAUUCAAGUACUUUUGCUGCUGGUGGAUGGAACAGCGAGAAAUCACUAUUCACUUCAAACUUUUAUCAGGCUGGAUCUGUACUCUACUUUCCCAGCAUCUUGCCCUGGAUUAUACCAUGAGUUUCCUUCCUGUUAGCAGAAGGGGAGAGGAAACGAGCUUGCCCAGGGUGGCAGCGGAGUCUCCUUGGCAACCAAUCAAUGUUGGGUACGAAACAUGCCUCAGAUGGGGUAGCUCAUUGUAAGACAACAGGUUCGUUGAACAGAGUGAGCAAAACAUGAUUAAUGAAUAAGAUCCUGUUUUGGAUGAUAACUUGGAUAAAGUGUUUUUAAUUUUAA